AUGGGUGUAAAAGGACUGUGGCGAAUUCUAGAACCUUCCCGUCGUAGAGUUGAUCUAGAAUACUUUAGAGGCAAGCGAAUAGCUAUUGACAUGAAUAUUUGGCUGCAUCAGGCGCUGAAAGCGAGAGCCCGAGGCGGUCGCAACUUGCAUUUGGCCAUUCUUUUUCGACGCAUCUGCAAGCUUCUCUUUUUUGGCAUUCGACCUGUCUUUGUUUUUGAUGGUGCUGUUCCUGAACUUAAGAAAGCUACCAUGGCAACCCGUCGCAUCUAUCGAGUCACAGCCCAGGAGAAAAGUAAUCAAGCUAGGGACCGUCUUUUAAAACGUCUCUUUCGUCGCCUCGCUGAAUGCGCCACCAAAUCUCAGUCGAAAAGCAAAGAACUGGCUGCUGAAUUUGUGGAACGUUUCAACAGCAUGGAGGCGAUUCGCAAAGCCGAGUUGGAUGUUGAAAUGUAUGGAUCUCAGAGUAGUUCAAUCGAUGCAGUGCCACCAACAGGUGUUUUACAACUUGAAGAAGAACAGGAGUCCGCCUCACAAUUAGCCUGGGAUUAUGUUGGCAACAGUCACUCCAUUGACUUGCAAUCAGAAGCAUUUAAUUCACUGCCGGUUCAGGCUCAAUUACAAGUUAUUUUGAUCCUUCUAAACGCACCGGUCCAGCCUUCCUCGCCGUCUGCACCAACAGGAGCGGUGUUUUCACAGACUCAGGUGAGUCGACUCAUUGCUCGUCGCGAUUUGACUCUCAAGAAGGAAGAGCUCGAAAGUAGAAUGAAUGAGGCUCUGGUUGUCUCGGUUGUACCGCAAAAUUUACCCUCUGGGUCGGAUAUAAGCGUCAUUGCACAGCGAAUUGCCUCUCAGGACGAGGGCCAUACAAUUCUCCUUCGUAAGCGGUCAUCCAAAGAACGGGCCGAUGAACUGAAAGAGCGCCUUAACCGACUCCUGGAAAAUCCAGUCUAUGAGCCUAUGUGUGAUGCCAAGGAAGUCCUAGAAAAUGGUUCAAAACUGGCUAAGAGUCCACGAGGCAUUUUUCAAGCAGUCAACGAUUGUGAUACAGAAAUCAUGGAAAGUCUGCUAAAGAAUUCCAAAAAAUAUUCUUCAUCGGAAUCGAAAGUGCGUCAUCUUGCUUAUAGCGGCACACCUUCAGCAAACGGUGAAGAGGCCGUGGAUUUUGGAGAUCAAACAAAUCACACCAUGAAGCUUGAAAAAGAUAUGAAAGAAGUAGUUGCGAACACUGUUAUCCCAAAAGCUGAUGAUGUGGAAAAAGAGGGAGAGUCAAAGCCUAGCAAGCAACCGAACUUCGAUGCAUCUUCGACCGAGUUGAACGAAUUUACUGACUCUCUCACCGAUUCCACUACUUUAGAGGCUAGUAAUUAUCUUGAACCUCUUUCUAGUCAACUGAAAGAGACUGAGGAUUUCGACAGGACAGGAGGCUUCGAAUGUCAACAAAGAGAUGUUGAAGUGGAGACAGCUAAGGCAGAAGUAACUGCAGAUUCUUCUUCAUCCGAUUCGGGGGAAUUCGCCGAUGUUUCGGGACCCCCAACUCCCAUACCAUCAGUCGAAAUGCUACCAAAAACGCAGACUUUUCUGGAUUCGGAAAUUGAGGAAGAUUUGGCUAUUGACGACGACGUAUUACGGGUGGAACUGGAAAAGCUUGAACGCCAAGCUCAGGAAACCACCACCAGUUGCGUGGCUGAGGCUCAGACAUUAGUUCAACUUUUCGGUUUCCCUCUCAUCAACAGUCCAGAGGAGGCUGAAGCUCAGUGUUGUCACCUUCAACAACUUGGAUUGGUGGACAUAGUCGCCAGCGACGACUCAGACGUCUGGGUGUUUGGAGCCACCAUUGUGUGCCGACAUCUCUUUGGUGGGGAUAGAAAUAAAGGAAAAUUGAGUCCAACCUCAUUGUACUCUCUUGAAGAUAUACGCGAACAACUGGGCUUGGACAGACAUCAAUUCGUACGAAUAGCUCUUCUCUGUGGCAGCGACUAUACAAAUGGGCUUGACAAAAUCGGGCCCAUCAAAGCACUAGAAAUACUUUCCGCCUUUACUACAAGCUCUGACUCUGCUUUGACGCCCGAGGAGCACGAGAUUGUGCUCCCAUUGGAAGAAUUUAAGCGAACGUGUCAGGGUGGCGGUGGUGGUCGAUGGGCCAGUAUUAAAUUCCCUGCUGGUAAUCCUAUUUGCUUAAAAGACAUUGCGUCGUUGAGAGUGAUUCAAGCAGCAACUCGAUUAAAGUACGCCAACGAGUUCCGAGAUCUUCCCGCUCUCGACACCGAUUGGUCGGAAGAUGCUGGCACCAAUGCCGAGGACGCAAAGCCUGCAAAAACCACGUCCCAGAGACGAAAGUCUGAUGAAAAACCAGACAAGAAGACGAGGAAGCGGAAAAAAAGAAAGUAG